AUGGACCGCGUCGCGGGGACGUGUCUGCACACGUACCGCGCAAAGGGCAGGUGGCGGAACGAAAGCCUCCGCGUGCAGAGCUUGCUGGACGCCGGGGAGAGGUUCAUCGUCGCGGGCGACGAGCUCAGCUGCGAUGCUGUCGUGGAUGAGACCGCUGAGCAGGUCGGUAAGGUCUGGGUUUGGGAUCUUUUCACUGGUGAGGUCGUCGCAAUGUUCAAGGUCCCGUGGGGUGGCCGGGUGCGGUUGCGAAUGGGGUUGGGGAGGAGGCGGGCGGUCGGGCGCGAUGGGAAGGAAAAGGGACGCAAGAAUAUUAUGAGCUGUCUGGCGUGA